AUGGCGGACCGGGCUGAGAUGUUCUCCUUGAAUACGUUCCAUUCCUUGUCUCCUCCGGGUUGCAGGCCGGCCCACGACAUCAGCCUGGAGGAGUUCGACGACGAAGAUCUCUCGGAAAUCACGGACGACUGCGGGAUCGGACUCAAUUACGACUCGGAUCCCUACGAAAAGGACUCCCUGAUCCUGGAGAAGAACGACACGCACCACCCGGUGUGCUCCUUUCAGGACGACUUCCAGGAGUUUGAAAUGAUCGAUGACGAAGACGAGGAUGACGAAGACGAGGAGGAUGAGGAUGAAGAAGAGGUGGACCCCGACGCCCCUCCGUCCCCAUCGGCGUCGCCUCCCCCUUCGCCGAUUCUCGGCACGCUGAAGAGCAGACCGACGACGCUAAACCUCACGACGGCUGUGUCGCAGGAUUCACUUAACAACAACAGCAGUCUGUCGCCAAAGAAAGGAACCUGGCAGGACUCGUUGCGCAACCCUUCGUCACAGGGACGCACGACUCCAACCCACUCAUGCCUGGAUGACGGUAGCCACGUGACCGGCCAAUGUCCGACCUCCCCGCUUUCUCAGCCGCUAAUGUCGCAGAAUGAAGGUACUCCAGCAAAACAAGCAGGGGAGGGCGGGAACCCCCAUUCCCCACACAGGCCACUCCUCUGUGACGUGGAGGGCAACAGGCGGGAAAGGCCGGAAUACGGCUCAUUUGGUCAACUAAAGUCCCAUCCUGGUGAUGUUAUCAAACCAAAGCCCGACACUAGCAGAGUACCUUCCGUAGACGAGCAUUCCCAGUGUUCGGACACGGAGGUGGACCACGAUCUAAACAACAGCCACAACCACAAACACUUAAAGCGGCUGGCCACAGACACGUACACCAUCACCAACGAGUCCGGAACAGAAGCGGGGAACGACCCGGAUCCAGACGGAACCAGUCGCUGCUUAUCAUCCACCGCUCCGUUGGGAGGCAACGACGGCGCCGACACCCCCUUGUCCGAUGACGAGUUGGACAAGGACUUUGAAGUGGAGUUCAUGCGAAAGGAGACCUACGAUAUGGUGUGCAAGGAAAACCCGUCCUCGUACGUGGAGUUCCCGUGUAUCGAACCCUAUGACCCAGCUCCCUUCUCUUCGGAUGCUCCUGACAAGUCCAAAAGUUCCGAUUCUCCAGCCUCGGCGGCUCAGGCGGUCGCGGCUCAGGAGUCCCACUCUCCGUCGUCCGAUCCGGGGAUCGCGGACAUGAACCAGCAAGGUUACGUGACUUCCGACCUGGACCGGGAACUGAGCUCCCCGGGUUCUGACUCCGAGCUGGACGGAGAAGUCGACAUAGCAUUUACCUGCGAAGGUGCGACACACUCCAAUAUGAUCUCGUCUAUCUCCGAAACGGAGCUGGACCUGACCAGCGAUGAUAGCAGCAGCGGGCGUUCUUCUCACCUCACCAACUCCAUCGAGGAGGCUAGCUCACCCACGUCAGACCAGGAACUGGACCCCGAUACGGAGUUGGAGCAGGACAGCGGAAUCGUGGGACUUAAAGCGUCUCUCUUUUUGGGUCAGCCGGACCCGAUCAAAGAAGCCUCUCCCCCACCAUCUCCGUCGCCUCUACCUUCUCCGACGAUUGCCACCCCGUCCUCUGCCGACUCCCCCAAGUCUUACGGUAUCUCGCAGGCUCUGGCGGACCUCCAGGACAGCGAUCUACCCGGAGAGCACCAGGCCGACCCCGACGAGACUCUUCCUCCCCAACAGUGCGAGGACAGCACGUCCAGACAAAUGGUUCUCAAGAUAGAACCCGACCACAGCCUGGAGUGCUUCAAACCCUCCUUCUAUCUUCCAGUAGGACCCAGACUCAUGCCCGUCGCAGACGACUACGACGAAACCAGCGAAGGGGAUUCCGAAUCGGAAAGCGAGGACGAGCUGAGUGAAAACUCGGACUCGCCCUGGCUGCUUAGCAACUUGGUCAACAGGAUGAUCUCGGAAGGUUCUUACCCGAUUAGCUGUCCCGAAGACUGCUUCAAGAGGGAGGUAUCUGUGUCAGACACCAUCUCUCCAUCCUCGGAAAUGGGUGACGGAGAUAGUUUCGCUGAUGAGGACCCAGAAUUGGUUACUACAUCAGGGCCCAGGAACAUUAAGGCCGAUCAAGGCGACAGAACGAAGAUGUGUGGAUCUCCGUACGGAAGUGUGGUUCACUCUCGUGACACAAUGGAACACUGUGUUAAGAAUUCUACAGAAACCGUUAAUUACUCUUCUGCUGGAGUCUCCACCACCGGACUGUCCAAGAACGCCAAAAGACUGGAGAGGAACCAAGAUCCAGAUAAGGACUUGGAUUCCCCGAACCUUAGCGACAAAGACAUCGGCCGGGAGACGGAUCCCAGGACGACGAGUCGCUCAUCCGCGUCCCUCGAGAGGAUCACUGAGGUCAAACACAGCCUGACGCUGGACAUACCCACGUCCCAGACAAACCGUUGCUUCAGCCUGACCUACUCCACAGACAACGACGAAGAGGAUGACCAAGGAGACUCGUACCCGUUCUUGGACGACUUUAGGAGACAGUCCUACAGGGGUAGCGAUUUACAGCUGGAAACAUCAGAGUCCUGUGUGCCGGACCAACCCUGUCCAGACCGUAACCUCCCGCCGUGUGAGAAAGCACCGUCUCCGAAGCAACCCAGUGAAGAUGAUGGAUUGGCCUAUGAUUCCAUGAAGUACACGCUAGUUGUUGAUGAGAACACUACUCUGGAACUCGUCAGCCUCAGAAGGUGCACAUCAGUCCUGAGUGAAGACAGCGAGCUCUCCACGUUAUGCGACGAAGAACCUUUGGAGACGGGUCAGGUGGAUUAUUGCUGCAAUGACGAAGGGGUGAGGCCGGAACUUCUCAGUUCUUCCGAAGACUCCUCCCCUGAGGCCGACCUCCCGUUUUCUAAGAAGUUUCUCAACGUCUUUGUCAAUAGCACGUCACGUUCCUCCAGUACAGAAUCAUUUGGACUUUUCUCCUGCACCGUCAACGGUGAAGAGAGGGACCAAACCCAUAGGGCGGUGUACAGGUUCAUCCCCAGGCACGCAGAUGAGCUGGAGCUAGACGUGGACGAUCCACUGUACGUGGAGGAGGAAGAGGACGACUACUGGUACCGAGGUUACAACAUGCGCACGGGGGAACGUGGAAUCUUCCCCGCCUUCUACGCCCACGAGGUCAUCGGUCACUCCAAGGAGUUGUUGGCCAUGAAACGUAACCCGGCGUGGAUCGAGACGUUCGACGUGCAGUUCUUGGGUUCCGUGGAAGUACCUCAACAUCAAGGCAAUGGAAUUCUCUGUGCCGCCAUGCAAAAGAUUGCACUGUCCAGGAAGCGGACCGUGCACGUGAGGCCACCGUCUUUAUGUGAGCUAGAGAUCAGCUUGCAAGGAGUGAAGCUGAUCAUGAGUCUGGAAGAUGAAUACGAUUGUCUGGAUGAGUUUGACAGAUGCAGCCACUUCUUUCAGAUGAAGAACAUUUCUUUCUGCGGUUGUCAUCCGAGGAACAACUGCUACUUCGGCUUCAUCACCAAGCAUCCCAUGCUGAGCAGGUUUGCGUGUCACGUCUUCGUCUCCCAAGAGUCCAUGCGGCCUGUAGCAGAGUGCGUCGGUCGGGCCUUCCAGGAAUACUACCAGGAACACGUGGAGUACGCCUGCCCCACCGAGGACAUCUACCUGGAAUGA